UCAAGAGCACGGGGACUUUGCAGCCACAAACUGGACAUGGACCCUGCACCACUACUGAUCAUUCUGGGGGUCGCUGCCCUGUUGCCCUGUGUACAGGCUCUGAGGUGCCAGAGGGGGACGAUAGAAACCGAGCAAGAUGUAUUGGAACUGCCCUUCAGUUGGACAGGUGGCCAGAAAACCUGUGAGGUCAGUGAAGGCUGCCAAGACACACUGAUGAUCAUAGAGAAUGGACCAAAACUGAACUUAGUGCUAAUCAAAGGCUGCACCACGGCAGAGGACCAAGAGCCCAGAGUCACCCGGCACAGAGCGGGCCCUGGGCUCUCCAUCAUCUCCUACACCCACGUGUGCCGCCACGCAGACUUCUGUAAUGACCUGUCCACUACUGAGGCUCUCGGGGUCCUGCCCACUCCCUCAGUCCCAGGGAACCUGCGCUGUCCAGUCUGCUUUGCUAAAGGUGACUGUCCUAAGAAUACUUCAGAGCAGAUCUGCCCAGCUGGGCACACUCACUGCUACGAUGGAGUCCUCAAGCUCAGAGGAAAGGGGAUCACCACCAACCUGAGGGUGCAGGGCUGCAUGCCCCAGCCAGGCUGCAACCUGCUCAAUGGAACCCAGAAUAUUGGGGCCAUGGAUGUGAGUGAGAGCUGCGGUCCUAAGCUAGGUGUGCAAGCUCUGGAAUGCCAGUGGGGGGCACUAGAGACCGUGAGAAAUGUGUCAGAGUUGCCCUUGACGGUGACAAGUGCUUGGAUAGACUGUGAGGUCGGCGAGGGCUGCCAAGAGACAGUGAUGCUCAUACACAACGGACCCAAAGUGAACCUGGUGUUCACUAAAGGCUGCACUAUGGCAGAGGACCAAGAACCCACAGUCUCUCAGCUCAGGGCAGGCCCUGGGCUCUUCAUCACCUCCUACACCCGCGUGUGCCGACAUGAGGACCUCUGCAAUGACCUGUCGACCAUCAGAUCUCUCUGGGUCCCGCCCACUAACACAGUCCCAGGGACCCUGCGCUGCCCCAUCUGCUUUGCUAAAGGUGACUGCCCUGAGGACACACCAGAGCAGAUCUGCCCAGCUGGGCACACUCACUGCUACAAUGGAGUCCUCAAGCUCAGGGGAGGGGGGAUCGCCUCCAAUCUGAGGGUGCAGGGCUGCAUGCCCCAGCCAGGAUGCAAUCUGCUUGAUGGGAACCAGAAAAUUGGCAUCAUGGAUGUGAGUGAGAGCUGCAGUCCUAAGCUAGGUGUGCAGGCCCUGGAAUGCAAGAGUGGGACAAUAGAGGCCAUAAAGCAAGCAUCAGACUUCCCCCAGCACUGGACAACUGGCUGGAAAUCCUGUGAGACUGGCGAAGGGUGCCAGGAAACCGUGAUGAUCAUAAAAAAUGGACCCCAAGUGACAUUGAUACUCACCAAGGGCUGCACUAUGGCCAAGGACCAAGAGGCCAGAGUCACCCAACACAGAGCAGGCCCUGGGCUCUCCAUCAUCUCCUAUACCCACGUGUGCCGCCAUAGGGACUUCUGCAAUGACCUGUCCACCACAGCCUCUAUCUGGGCCCCGACUCCUGCCACAGUCCCAGGGAACCUGCGCUGUCCAGUCUGCUUUGCUAAAGAUGACUGUCCUAAGAACGCUCCAGAGCAGAUCUGCCCAGCUGGGCACACUCACUGCUACGAUGGAGUCCUCAAGCUCAGGGGAGGGGGGAUCGCCUCCAAUCUGAGGGUGCAGGGCUGCAUGCCCCAGCCAGAAUGCAACCUGCUUAAUGGAACCCAGAAAAUUGGCAUCAUGGAUGUGAGUGAGAACUGCAAUCUUAAAGCAGCUGAACAGGCUCUGGAAUGCCAGUGGGGGACACUUGAGUCCGUGCAGAAUAUAUCUGACCUGCCCCUCCAGUGGACGGCUGGCAAGAAAACCUGUGAGGCCGGCGAAGGGUGCCAAGACACGCUGAUGAUCAUGGAGAAUGGACCCCAGGUAUACUUGGUGCUCACCAAGGGCUGUACCACCGCAGAGGACCAAGAGACCAGUGUCACUGAGCACAGGGUGGGCCCUGGGCUCUCCAUCGUCUCCUACACCCGUGUGUGCCGCGUUGGAGACUUCUGCAAUGGCCUGUCUAGCACAGUCCCUCUCUGGGCCCCGCCCCCUGCCACAGUCCCAGGGACCCUGCGCUGCCCCAUCUGCUUUGCUAGAGGUGUCUGUCCUGAGGACACACCAGAGCAAAUCUGCCCAGCUGGGCACACUCACUGCUACAAUGGAGUCCUCAAGUUCAGAGGAGGGGAGAUCACCUCCAAUCUGAGGGUGCAGGGCUGCAUGCCCCAGCCAGGAUGCAACCUGCUUAACGGGACCCAGAAAAUUGGUGUCAUGGAUGUGAGUGAGAACUGCAAUCUUAAAGCAGAUGCUGUGUCAUGCUACCGAGGGAUCCUGUUGAUGUUCGGCAGCAGCCUGGCUCAAGACCCAAUUGAAUGGACUGCACAUGGACAGCAGACGUGCGAUGCUGGGGAGGUGUGUCAGGAGACGCUGCUGCUCAUAGACGUAGGAUACAAAUCACUCAUAGUGGGGAGCAAAGGCUGCAGCAGAGUUGGGCAAAAAAAUUCCCAGGCUGUCUCCGUACACUCCCGGCCUCCUGGAAUGCUGGUGGCCUCCUAUACCCGGUUCUGCUCCUCAGACUUCUGCAACUCAGCCAGCAGCAGCAGUGAGCUGCUCACCUCCCUCCCUCGGCCAGCUGCCCCUGCUCCAGGAGACAUGCAGUGUCUUGCCUGCGUGCAGUUCUCUGGGUCCUGCUUCCAGAGCUCCAGAUUGGUCACCUGCCCUAAGGGCACUACUCAUUGUUACAAUGGUGACAUUAACCUCAAUGGAGGUGGGUUCUCAGCCACAUUGAGCAUUCAGGGCUGCAUGACCCAAGCCUCAAGAUCCCUGCUGAACAACGCCCAGACUCUUGGGAUCUUCUCUGUGAAGGAAACCUUUGAACAGAAGACUGAGAGUGUUCUCCCCAGUAGUGAUGCCCCUGGCCCCUCCCUGGCUUGGGCGGUGGGGCUAGGGCUACCCCUAGCCCUUUGGUGUGGGGGGCUUUGCCCUCCCUGAUAAAUCCAUUGUCCUGUGAGUCUUAACCCUUGCUGACCAUCCAACCCAGUCCUCCCACUGACCUUGAAAUGUAAUGACCUUGUACCAGAAAUUAC